AUGCGUAUACCAAUUCAACAGCUCGCGCUUACUGCUCUCUUGCUUCAAUCCACGAAUGGCGCCCCCGCCGGACUCCUCGACACCGUCGGUGCCGUGACGAAGCUUUUGUCUCUCCCUGCCACCUACGUCCAGAUCUUGGCCGGCGUUCUCGGGACCAAGCCUCCGACUGGUGCCAAGGUGCUCAACGCGGCCGAACUUCAAACGAAGCUGGGAGCUAUCUGGAACACAGGCGGCGGGACGGGAGACUUCUAUGGCGAGGUGCAAAGACAAAUCAGCCAGGGAAUCAUUCCAUCUGGUCUCCUUUCGAGUUUCCAGGGGCUCCUUGGGACCGGCCUUCUGGGUAGCCUGGACCUUGCCGGCAAUGCGAACAAGCUUGUUGCGCCCAUCAACGCAAUCGACUCUAUCAGCAACAAUAAUCCUCGGAACCCAGCCAAGGCCAUCUGGCCUAGAAAGGACCCGGCCGAUGCCCCUUACACGCUCACAGAGUCACAAUUACGCCAGGUGAUUUUCAUUCCGCAGACAUUCACCUACGGCAAGAAGCCCCCGGUCAUCUUCAUCCCCGGAACUGUCUGGCUCAAUAUCCCAGGUGCUCUUCUCAAUGACGCCCAGAUCAACUCGGAAUACGUCGCUUACGCUAUCAACUACAUCAACGACAUCACCAACAAGAACUCGAGCAUCAUCUCUUGGUCCCAGGGCGGCCUCGACACCCAAUGGGCAUUCACUUUCUGGCCGUCUACCCGCAGCGCCGUCUCUAACUUCUUCCCUGUCUCUCCCGACUUUCAUGGCACCGUCCUUGCCAAUGUUCUCUGUCUGUCACCGGGCAACGGUGCCCUCAAUGCCCCCUGUGAUCCUUCCGUCAUCCAGCAGCAGUACACAUCCGUCUUCGUCAACACACUCCGCGCUCGCGGUGGCGCCGAUGCCUAUGUGCCAACAACAACCUUCUACACUGCCCUCCUUGACGAGGUUGUGGAGCCCCAGCAAGGGACGGCUGCCUCUGCUUACCUGAACGAUGUCCGCCGCGUUGGCGUCACCAACAUCGAGGUCCAAUCUGUGUGCCCCGGACGACCCGCCGGCAGCAUUUACGGCCACGCCACCAUGCUCUUCAACCCCUUGACGGCAGCGCUUAUCAAGGACGUCCUUCAACGAGGCCAGGGCCCAGCUCAAGUCGGCAACAUAGACCUCGAUGAUGUUUGUAAGGAGUUCAUUGCGCCUGGUCUGUCCCUGGAAGACGGCAUAGCUACUGCUGGGUCGAUUGUUGCUGCGGCCAUUCGUCUGCUGGCAUACCUGCCCAAGCUUAUUGCCGAGCCUGGUCUCAUGGCUUACGCUCGUGUCUAA